AUGUCUUUUAAUGAUCAGCAGUGCAAGCAGCCAUGUGCACCCCCUCCAUGCCUUCAAAACACCCAGGAGGUGUGCCAGGCAAAGGCUGAGGAGGUAUGCCUGCCCCAAAUUCAGGAUCCCUGCCAAGAGAAAUGCUCAGCUCAAGUUCAGGAGUUACAUCUUCCUCAGUGCCAGGAGUUAAACCAAGGAAGCUGCCUACAGCAAGGCCAAGAUCCAUGUCUAUCUUCAUGCCAAGGUCAAGCCCCACCUCAGUGUGUAGAGGCAUGCCAGGAGCUAUCCCAGACGAAAUGUGUGGAAGUUUUCCCACCAAAAUCCCAAGAGAAGUGCUCACUCCCUGGCAAGGGAAAGUAG